AUGCAUCAACAGGCAAGACCGCCGCCGAGGCCGUCUGUGUCACCAGCGUCGUCGCCGCAGAUCAACCAAAUCAGCCAGACCCGACCCAACACCGCCAGAGAUGCCGCGCAGAGCAGUCGCCAACGAGCCGGCUCCAAUGUUUCCGGAAGAGAUGCCACGGCGUCCCCGACCGUGGAAAGCAACCAGGUCAUGGGUCCUCCGGCCGAUUCCAUCAAGAAGCUGGAUCAAAUCGUCCAGUUCCAAAUAGAGACGGACGAAAUAGAUGACUUCAGGGAUGAACUCAAGAUGUGGAAGACAUGCGGGAGCUUGGAUCACCGCCCGCCGCCGUUGAUAAUCGAGAUAUUCCUCGACACUUCGAGUCUCAAAGAGAGUCAGAGCCUUGUCAUUCUUGAUGACGAUGGCAAGCGCUGGGAUGUAAUGGAACAGCUGAACUCGUCCGAAUCAUCCAGUGGCAGCUAUCACACUGCUCCGACAGCAAGGAAUGCAGAAGUCGUAUUGGAACGAUGGCGUAUCGAUCUAAAGACGACAGGAACCCUUCUCGCCGACGACUUUGGCCCAACACUGCCCACCAUCUACAAAAAAGCUAUUGUCUUUUUCCGCUCACUUUUCAUCACAACAAAGCUUCUCCCGGCUUGGAAGUUUGCAAGCCAGAGUCCGGCCAAGACAUCGCAUCCCGCCCUCACUCCUCGAUGCCGAAUCCGCACCUCAGAACCGGGCAGGUUAGCUACGGGUCUAUUGAAGCACCCCAUUGAUGGUCGACGAGAGCCUGUGACUGAGUAUGUGUUUGGCGACCUUGAGGUUCCGGUAGGGCGCCUCAGCACCGCUGUCACCUAUCGAAACUACUGUGGCUUUCGGAUCGAUGAUUCCGAGUCAUUACUAAGUUCUCGUUUCAUGGGGGCCGAUGAGAACUUAUUCAAGCCCUCAGUCACGCAGAGGGCCGACCGAGCGCAUGGCCGAGUCGCUGAGGUUGGUUCGCUACGUGACCAUCGCCGUGGAACAGCACUGAGCGAUCUUCACCAAACUUAUGGAAGCUUGUCAACGUUCCACGGUGACGGUCCAUUGGGAACAAGUCCUUUAUCAGCACUCAGAUCCAUCAAAGCUCCUGGCUCGGAUACUAGCUCGCCACCGGCGUCCUUACCAACGGGCACUGGGACUGAAGUUGCCCCUAGCUCUAUGCCCAUCUCAGGCCGCAUUUCAACCCCUCGGGCAAUGGUCAGCCGACCCGGGGAGAGCUCAAGCAGGAGAACGUCCAUAUCCUUUCAACCUUUCAAGGCCGGAUCUCUCUCCGGAUCGCCGGUACCACGACAACUGGAGCCCGAUUCUCCUUCGUCAGCACAUUCACAGAGUCGCCCCGUGAAUUUCCCCAUAAGCUCACAACCUCGCAAUAGGAGUUCAUUGACGGCAGGGAUGCCCGCUUCCCUCCGUGGCGGGCCACCCUCGACCUCUGUUGAAACACCGACGGUUGGUUCGCCUAGGCCAGCGUCGACCGGCCGAUACAGCAGCAGCUUUACACAUAGACGAGGGCGCAUGUCCAUAGGUCGAGCUGGGGACGACGAACAAAACAGCAGCGGACGACAGAGCCUAGCGUCUUCAGUCGCUCAACCAGGCUCUGGCUUACUGGCGGAAACAGGCGGGACCAGUUCUGGGUCACUACAUGUCGAGGAGGAUGCCAUCUCAGAUUUCCUGAAGGCCCUGGAUAGCCGGAAAACUCUCAAAAGCUUUGAGCCAACCAAGCGAGGUGAAUCGGCGGCGAAUCGAACGGUAGCCCAGCUAUCCAAGUUCCACUUGAUGAGGGAUUCGAAUAACGCUCUGACAGAGUCCAUGACCUCGUCAAUGCAAAUGCAACGGUCGUCGAGCUCAUCAAGCCGACAGUUAACGAGCGUUCCCGGCAUGGUUGCUCCAGCCUCCAUGUCUGCCUCGUCUUCUCCCGGAAAACCCGUGUCUCCCCAUACCCCUCACACACCUGCUAUUCCGUCUCGACUGAGUGAGAAUUCCAUCAUUGAUUACACUGCCACGGGAAGAAUUACUUCGCGAGGGGGGCGGCGGCGGCAGGAGCCUGCUGUGCCAGAACCAAGCAGAGAAAGCACUAUUACGCAGGAGGGCACAACUGCUAUCGAUAUACCAUUGUCGCCUCGCCUAGGAUCAUACCAGAGGCGCUCAAGCUCAGCAGCUCAGCAGACUCGUGCAGUGAUUGAAGACGACGACACGGAAUUGGCAUUUGCCGGCGCGCACCGUAGCAUUAGCCUCGGGGCUGAUGACAGAGAGCCUCCUACUCUGAGUAUCUUGCUAGGUCGGCAGUUGCAAAUGGAGGACGAGGCGACGAGUGGUGAAGGCAUCACUAGUAGCCUACGACCGACUGCCAAUGUUCAACCAUCAGACGCAUCUGCAUCCGACGUUAUGCAACGUGGGUCUAAUGAAGAUAAUUUGCCUGAUGGGUUGAUACCUUCGAGCGUUCAAUCAGGAUCGCCGUUCCCGCGACGUCGGUACGCAGGCAUGGGGGCAGCUUCCAAAGCGACACCACCGCAGUCGUCACGGGGGAGCUUCACCGGGUCGCUCAGCCGAUUGGCAAGAGCGGAUGAUGAGUCAGUGGGCGAAGAGCCACUUGUAUUUGAUCUGUCAGAGAUGGACGCGCAAGGCAGACGAAGCCUAGAAGAAGGACGCGGAGGGGCUAACGCAAGCAGCGAACGGGGUGCAUUCGAGCCGAGGGGAACGACACGAAGAGGGUGGUAA